AUGUCUCAAAAAGUAGAGAUUCUUCUCGUUGGUAGUGGCGGCGUCGGCACCAUCGCCGCGCUGAAUCUCGAGAAGGGAGGAUUAGCUAGCGUUACAGCUGUUCUUCGGUCAAACUACGACAAAGUGGUAAACGAUGGGUUUCAUAUAAAGUCCUGCGAUCAUGGUGAAAUUCAGAAUUGGAGGCCGUCUAAAGUCGUUAAUAAAAUCCCAUCAAAGGAAGAACAACAGUUCGACUAUGUCGUGGUAACGACCAAAAACAUCGCAGACCACCACCCAACAUGCGCCGAGCUCAUCGAGUCCGCAGUAACUCCAGGCCAUACAACCAUCGUCCUCAUCCAGAACGGAUUGAACAUCGAGAAACCAUUCCUCGAAAAAUUCCCUCAAAACACAUGUCUAUCAGGGAUCAGUCUCAUAGGAUCCCACGAAACAAGCACAGCGGUCAUUGACCACGAAGACCCCGAUCGACUCGUCAUCGGUGCUUUCUCAAACCCGAACGUUCCUCAAGAAAAACAAGACCAGAUCGCGCGGGAAUUCGUCAAAAUAUAUUCCGCCGGCGGCAAGACGGACUGCACCUUUGAGCCAGACGUACCAUUCUACCGCUGGCAGAAGCUAGUUUACAACGCAUGCCUGAACCCUAUAUGCGCAAUUACGGGUCUUGACUCGGGGACGAUCCGACUUGCCGACGACGCCGUCGCGACCCUUGUUCGACCAGCCAUGGACGAGAUAGUAGCGGCCGCAAAAGCAUGCGGGGUUAACCUACCGGAUGGCGUCGCAGAGCGGAUGAUAAAUAUUGAUCCGUUGACUAUGUAUUUGCGACCUAGUAUGGCGGAGGAUGUACUCAAAGGAAAUCUGAUCGAAUUCGAGAAUAUCGUCGGAGCACCGUUACAUGAGGGGACGUCUCGCGGGGUCUCGAUGCCGACGCAGACGUUUUUGUACCAUACACUCAAGACGAUGCAGUGGCGUCUGAAGGUGCAGAAGGGCGUAAUUAAGAUUCCUCCGAAGGGAUCUGAUUAUCCACGACCUGGAUGUACAUAG